UUAUCCCUGAAAAAUCAAGUAGCUUCGCAAGUAUUUAGCCGUGACUCCAACGCAAACGUCCCUUUCUCUCUCUCUCUCUCCCUCUCUCUGAAUCCCUAGAGAGAGAAAUCUGUGUUUCAUAGAGAUUAUUAAGGAACACAACCAUUUGUAUACCCUCUUUCGAUACAUUCAUUCGUAUAUAGACCCAAAGAGGAACGAAAAUCCAAGAAUUAGCAACAACAAUGGCGAAGAAGAAAGCUACCAUGACUCUCAAAGACUUCCAUGGCGGUUCAAUCCCUUCUGAUCUUCCUCUACCCUCCGCUCCUGGCGUAACUGUGAGGCCUUUGAAUCAUACUGGAUUUGAUCGUCAUACUUCAUGGACAAAUCCAAUGGGAAGACAAGAUCACAGGUUGCGUCCAGGUUCAGCAGGUGCAGUGAGAACAUACGAUGAUAAAACCCCCUUCCUCUCUCACAAUGUCCAAAUUGGGCGUAAUUUUGAUGAAGAUGAAAGAAAGCCAUUAGAUGGCGGCUCUACUCCACGACGAACCGUAAGUGAUGAAAAUAUCCGUGGCGGCAGCGGUGGUGGUGGUGGUGGGGUGGCGGUUCGCCAGGAGCCAAAAUUUGAGUACCCCUUGGCUGGAAAUGCCCCUACUCGGCCUGCCACCACCCCUGUUUCUCAAUUCCCUGGUGGCAGCUCAGCUUCUUAUGCCGCCAGGUUUAGCGAAUCAUCCAAUGUUGGUGUAAACUCCGGCCCCUCACCAAACGCGUGGGGCCCAAGGAAAGUCGCCGGAAUCACCGAGCCAGUGGCGGCUUCUUGGUCGGCUCCUGAUGCCGCCACCAAGUUAGCCCAUGCAAGUGCACUGGAGAAGGUGUCUUCAGGUCGCUGGCUUUCUAACCAACAUAAACAGGUGGAUGUAGAGGUGAUUAGACACCCUGAGCCUGAAGCUAAAGUCCAAACAAAGGGAAACAUGUACACCACACCGGAAGCCGCCAGGAGUUGGACCACAAACGAGGUGGUGCCGCCAGUGGCUCCACGGGAAGUCCCAAGAACAGAUGUGGUUCAAGAUCUGCAGCCUUCAGAGGUGUCUGAGAGACCAAAGUUGAAGUUACUUCCAAGAUCAAAACCAGUCGAGAAUUUGGAACCCUUGGUGGCUUACAAACAGGCUAUCCCACAGGCGGGUGAAGCAGGUAUGGUGGAUACUGGAAAUGAGAGUUAUGGAAAUGCAAAUGCUACAGAGGAUGGAAACCAGGGAUUUGAUAGACCAAGAGUGAACUUAAAGCCACGUUCACAACCUAUUGAACAAAUGGAAAGAAACACAGAUAGAGAAAGAAAUUCCUUGUUUGGUGGUGCUCGCCCUCGAGAAUUGGUUUUGAAAGAGAGGGGAGUCGAUGAUGUUGCUGUUAACCAUGACACGAUCCAGUCUCCUCCUAAUAGGGCAAAAAAGGAAAUAACCAGGGCCGACAAUCCACCUGUCACGUCCCGCCAAAACGGAAAACCCGAACCCCUGGACCACCACAGAACCGCCAGUAAAACCCGAGACCAUGUAGAGAAAUCAGAUGCUCAGAGAAGAAGCAACUGGAGAAAUGAGAAUCGAAAGAUCGAAAAACAACCACCACCACCGCCGACGCCACAGGAGCGGCCACCAUCGCCGGAAACCUGGCGAAAACCGGUGGAGCCCACACCACCGGUGGGGCCACGUUACGGAAAAGCAGCUUCCGCUGUGGAGCUGGCUCAAGCCUUUUCCAAAUCGGUCUCGGACCCAAAGGUGGGGUUGAGAGGGGUUCCCGGGCAGGGGCAGAUUCCGUUUUCUAGGCUGACCGGGCAGCCCGCAACUAGGCCUCAUCAGAUCAACGGGCACUGAAUGUGUUGAAAAAAUUAUGUUUCUUGAAGCUGCCCGUGAAGGUCAAGAGUUGACUUGAAUGAAGCGUGAGUGGGUUUUCGGUGAUAGUACCAAUAUGUGGGAUGAACGUUGGAGAAAGGGAGGGAGGGGAGAGGAGAGAGGAAAACAAUAAUCUUGUUUCUGACACUUUUUUUUAUCGAGGAAAAGAUUGAUUGAUGGAUGUUUUUACUGAAAAGGGUAAAAGUGUGCCAAUUAUUUCAUGCA